GCGUAUGGAGCCUCCAUCAGCUGCCGUGCAGUGCUAUUCAGCUCCCGUCGAAGUCCGGGGCUACGAGAACAAAUGGUAUAUGGCCCUACUCGCAGGUAUUGAUCUUGAAGCUAAAGAGGCACGAAUAUCAUUUGAGAAUAACGUUUGGCAGCCGAGGAUUGUACCUAUUGACACAGUUCGAUUUGUUCCUAAAAAGGUUGUUUCUGGUCACAGCUUUCAGCCAGGCGUUGGUGACACGGUUGAAGUGUUGUCACUUGGGAGUGAUUUCACUCCGCCAUCGUGGUGUCUGGGAACUGUGAGCGGAGUGAAAGAUGGUCUGUAUUACAUCCAGCAGGAGCCUGGCGGUGGUGACGACGAGGAGGAGGAGAGAAACACCUUAAAAUUGGAAAGGCAACAAACGAUUGUCGAACUGAAUCAUCUACGUGCGCCGAGUAAGCCUCGGGAGAGCCCUGAGCAGCUGUGGGAUGAUUCAACCAAAUGUUCCCCCGUCUUGACUAAUUUAAAGAGCGAGAUCUUCGAAGUGCCCCAGUCGUUGAGUGAUUGGUUGGUAUCCGAUGAUGGUCGGGCUUGCAUGAGGUACAUAGCCGUCCGAGUCCGUCUAGCAUCAAUAUCGGUCCAGACUACCCACUGCGACCACCCUAGAGUUUAUUUAAUCGGCAUCGCUCACCUUACCGCACGGGCUCGUAUGCUUCUGACGAUCCAUGUGAAGCACCAGGUGGAAAUUCAGUCCUUCCAUGAUCACAGACGUCUGAGCGCCACCCGGCAAAGACGACAACAAGCAGCAGCAAAAGCCUCUGCAGGAGGACGGAAGCAAAGUGGCAAUGAUAAUGCCAAGGAGAGCUGCUCGAGCGGUUCCAAAAAUCUAGCUGUGCAACGCUCCGCUCCGUCUUUGUCUACUGUGAGGACGACAACACACGAGAAGUUGACUGAGGAAAAAUCGCGGAAUUUCGUCAUUAAAUUCUGUACGACGCGAAGACUGCUGGGGCUGACGAUAGGAUCAUUGGUGAUUAUUGAGGGACCAUUUGAGUCAGCAUCAGCGCUGGCUCGUAAGCGCCUUGAGUUUUUCAUAGUCAAAUACCCCAUAGAGCAAGAGAGUGUUCAGUGGGUGGUCGGGCCGAAAUACAGCAACCUGUCGGCCUUAGCUGAGCGCACGUCCCUUCACUAUGCUCGCUACUCCGACACUGACGAUAUGGGGGAGUCUAGACCGUGUAUUGAGAUGUGUGGUAGAGCUGAGGAGAUCGAUGAGGCCAAGACUAUGAUCGAAAGCCAUCUACUUUAUCGUGGGGUAUUCCAUGAUGCCCAAGUGGGGAAGGAAAUGGUGAUGGAAUCGAAUCAGCAGAGUGAGAUGGAGAAUUCGGAGCGACGUGGUAGCAGUAAGUACUUCGAUGAGGGAUUUGGCAGUAGGGAAUCGAUUUCGAGCGAAACUCUAGCGGCCUCAACGAUAGAUUCGAUGGACCGGUCGUCCAUAUGCGGCGCUCUGGGUCCUUGAUAGUGACGUUUGAGCGCUCUGGCCUUCUACGUUACGUCGUAUUUCGUAUGUUGUAAUCCCCUGUACUGGUUCGUUGUUCUCCCGCUAUAAUCCCAGCGUCAUCUCGAGCAAGAUUUCAUCGUCGUAGAUCAUUAUUAUAUCAUUUCUUUUUUGUUAUCAAGAUGCUCCUGAGUCCAGUCACCGUAGAUGUCUUAUGAGUAGAAAGUCGCUGAGUAUUCAGACGGCAACAUCGUCCAAUCCCAUUCCUCACAGUAAAUCCGACAUGGGGAUGUUUAUUCCCGUGCAUAAUCGCCUAGGCAACGCUAGGAGUGGGCUUGGGGUUGCAGCAUUGGUGCUAUUAGUCUGUGUUCCAUUGUAUAUAGGUGGCCAUCGGCACACUUUUCUUACAUGAAUCACCACGUUGGAAUCCCUACUGUGUCUACUUCGGAUAGCAGUAGGCUUUUUCAACACCGUCAUUUAGUCGGCGGCCGACCAGUAGGCAGCAUCUGCGCAGAGUUGCACUAGCUUUGUCCUUAACUUCGGAACUCUUAUUAUCGAUCCAAGGUAGAGGAU